AUGCUUAUCUUCCAACAAGAUGACUUUCGGCAGAACUGGCAGCAGCUCUACGAUUCACCUCGGGAAUACAUUACCAAUAAUUAUUCCAACCCAGGCUUCAUUAGUUUGUUCCUCGUUGUCGUGGCAAUUGCUUUUCAGUAUACGGGAACACAUCGGAGGCAGCUACUACAGACCUACCAUAUAGACAAAAUAUCUUUCAAGGAUGAGAUACUUUCGAAAAUUCGCGAUAAAAUCUUGGAUAUUGUGUCAUGGGGUUCUCUGGAGGCCGUGCAAACCUGCGUCCUGCUCGGCACUUAUUAUCUGUACCACGGAAAUCCUGGAUUGGCGUGGCCAGUAUGUGGCUGUGCUCUGCGUAUUGCUCAGGCAAUGAACUUACAUCGAAGACUAUCCAAUAGGGAACAGAUUUCCCCUAGACUGCACCGCCAGAAUGAGACACGAAAACGUUGCUGGUGGGCCAUCUAUGAGAUAGAAACGUUCUGCUCGAUGGCAUACGGGUACCCGCAUGGCAUCAGGGAUGCAGACUGUGAUGUGGACCUAAUUGAUCCACUGGCCAAAUCUAUGAACGGGCAGUCUCCCGCCUCAUUUGAUGCCACACAUCAAUGCCCGGCCAGUCUACUAUCAUACAAGUAUCUGAUGUCAAGACUAUCGGUUCUCAUCAAAGACAUUCUUACAGAUCUAUAUGGGAUUGGUUCCUAUCGAAGAGCUACUGAAAGGGACCGGUCUGACUCCUCUUCUACUUUGCAAAACCUUGUUCGUCAAGUUAAGCUUUUGGACGCACGUCUAAGACAAUGGAAAGCAAAGAUACCUGCCCCGCUGAAUAUCGACAAUUCGGAAGCCAGUGUUCCAAAGUACCGCUCAACUGAAGAGAUGGAUCGAGACAUUGGCGCUUCCGGGCCCGAUUUCGAAGCUCAUAUCUAUCAACUUCAGGCAUUUUCACUGGAACUUGCUUAUCAAAAUGCAAGAAUUCUGGCCCACCGUCCUCUUCUCACGUACAAAAUUAUCCCUCGAGCAGAGGGUGAUCUCCAGAGCUCCGGCGAGUCUUGCGCUCCGAAUUCGUUUCAUACGUCUCUUCAGGCUUGCCGUGAUGCCGCUCUAAAAACAUCGGAAAUGGGAACAAAAUCGAUCUUUCCUCUCGCAGUAGAUACAUAUGCAGCCUCGUUCAUCGGCAUUCAUACAUUCACCGCUGGGGUAUUGCUUUGCAUUUUGAUCAGCAUAGAGCCGCUAAGCCCACAGUCGUAUCAGUCUAAGAUGGGUUUGCGUCGUUUAUUGAAUAUGCAAGUGCAUUUGAAAUCCAGGUCCAAAUCGACCCUUGCCGUACAGGGAGUGGAAAUAAUGGAACGACUGACCAAGUUGGUCAUGGAAAAGGAACUGAAAGAGAUGUUGACAUCGCCUGGAACUGGAGGACCUUUGCUGGCUCCGAACCCUCACAAUGACCUUCAUGAAGACCCAAGAGAUGAUAUUGAGCCCGACUCGCAAAUUUUGGCAUCUAGCCUCCCUGAAGUGUCUCUGAACGAGGAGAGUAUAUUUGACUAUAUAGAGGAUCCAGCCAUGUCUCAGGCGCUCAGUGAUUUUGAUCAAGGUAUGCUAUACGAGAGACUUGAGAAACUUUGUUCUAAUUGUUGCCAUUAG